AUGGCUUCAGUCGCGACUGAGAGAAUCAACGGGCAUGCGACAGAACCACAAUACCAGCGAGCAUUCGAGCGAGGCAGAAGAGGCAGCCGAAGACAAUCGGCCUCGAGUGGGCAAGCGACGACAGUACAAAGGAACAAUGGAGAGCUGCCGCGAGCAGCGUCGUACACAUACAUGCCAGCGGCCAAGGACCAGCAGUACGCGAAUCCUGACGUUCUGGAGAUCAAAGGCUUCCCGCUGCCAGAACACCCGCUGAAGGACGAUGUCGACGAUUCCUCCACCUCAGAUACCUCUGUGCCGGAUUCCUCGAGUCUGAGUACGCCGGACGAGCACGACCACGCGAAAGCACUACCACAGGCGCUCGAGAAAGUCACAGAGCUGCAGAAACCCCCCAGCGCAUCCAAGCGUAGUAGCAUCGAGUCUUCAAUCCGACAGUCGGGCACGAGCCUCGAAUCUACAAGAACGGCAUCAACGACGGCUACCACCCCGGGAAAAACUCAGCACCGGCCAUCUGUGCUCUCGAACAAGUCUUUCUCGAGACGCUUCUCCAAACAUUCCCUUCAGAACUCUGCACCAUCAACGCCCUCACGAUCACCAUCUCCAACCAAGCAAGAAAGUGCUGCUGGACCUGGAUCUAUAAGCACUGUUCCCGAGGAAGCGAUACCCUCUGAUGGUCGCAGAAAGUCCCUGCUUUCGCGCACUCUCACUUCCAGAAGCGCGAGAGGAACCAAAGAACGGAAGGAAAGCCCACAUUCUGGUGACGAGCAGGACACUGAGCCAUCCGUGAAGCGCCGCAGUACGUUCUUGCGAAAGAAGACCUCGCGCAACAAGUUGACGAAAGUCGCCACGAAUGAUGUUCGCGCCUCUGCGCUACCUGCGACUGCCGAGCAUGUGGUACCUGUAGUGCCUGCACUCCCCAAAUCGUUCUCUACAGACAAGCUACCGAAUCUAAGAUCGUCUUCGCCAAUGUCUGAUCGUGCAGCGCCUAUGCCCAGGCUAGUAUCUUCUGAAAAGCUACAUCAGCCCAGUCCACUGUCCGGCGUCACGAGGAAGAAAGACGAACUAUGGAAUGUCUUUCGUACUUUGGAGGGCGAUUUUACCAAGUUCUCAUCCAAAACGACGUCACUGAAGGCGAAUGUUGUUCGCAAUUCACUAAUGUCAUUCUUGCGAAGCUAUGUUGAUCAUCCGUCGAACAAGACUUUGCGCCCAGAGGAUCUCGAUCGCAGAGUCAACAUUCUGAACAAGUGGUGGACUGGCCUGGUCGAGCUGCUUCAUGGCCGUAACAAUCAAUCGAUCUCAGGCACUGACCGACCUGUCAUCCUAGAUGGCAUCAUUGGUAUCAUGGAGCGACCAGAGUGGCGCCUGUCGCCAUCUCCAUUUUGUCCCCUUGUUGAGCGGAUAAGGGUGACACUAUCGACUGGCAACCGCUCCAACACGUCGCUUGGCUCAGCAGCUUCGGACUUUCUCGCUGAUUCCGUCCACCACAAUGUACGGAAUAUCUUCGUACAGAACUUGAGCUCGCAGAUGGCUUUUGUGGUGGACAAGAUGUCAAUGAGGAAUGCAUCUGCCAGUCUCGUAGCGUUCUGUGGCAAAGCAUGCGCGUAUGCUUUCAUGUUCGUGCCAGGUAUGGCAGACGUCUUGGUCCGUUUAUGGGAGCCUCCCAUGGAUACUUUGCGACGUGUGCUCUCUGAGAACGGCAUUGGCAAGUUUGACCAGAUGGCCGAAUUUGCCGCCGACAUUGUUGCCAACUUCCCGCCUGCAUUGCACCAGCUUGAGUUCACCUCGCUCAUGAAGUACAUGCGGAAGCUCAGAACACCUCCACCACUCCCGCUAGGCACAUCACAUGUGGAAUGGUGGGGCACGUGGCUAAAUCGCUGGAAUGGGAGAGAAAGCGAUCUGUUCUACGUGUUCGCCAAACACUUCCAUAUACUUGCAACGGACUUCUUACCUUCGGACUCGUCCAAGAAGGAAAGAAUGUGUGCACCGGGCAUGCUACUCGUACACGCGCAGAUUCUAGCUAAUCUCGAUGCUACAAUCCACCGAGAGGCUGCUCAGAACCAGCAGGAUUCGACAGCGUUGCCGGCUCCUACGUUCGACGAAAUGCUAGGAGAUCCAGAUGCUGUUGCCACGACUUUGCCUUUGCCGCCAACGAAUGCUGUGCGACCCAUGGCCGAGAACCGCUUGGUUAUGUUGAUUCGAGACUUUCUAUCAGAGCGCACGGGCGAUCACCCUCUGGCGAGGGAGCUUUUCGCCCAAUCGUUCAACGAUCUGCUUCAAGCCGCCGCCCGGGCCACAUCUUUGUUCGACCAUUCGGCUUGCUACGUACUCAUGGACUUCAUGGAGGAGGCUUUGGUCAUAUUGAUCCGCUAUGAGCAGUUGAAAUAUACUGAAGGUCCCCUGUUGAACCAAGAAUUUUGGCAGACUGUUUGCAGGAAGAUGAUCGAGAGCGACAAUACUAUGACCGAGAUCAGGUUGUAUGCUUUCCUGUUCACAGUCUGGAACAUGUUCGGCAAGGAAUGGGAUCGAAGGACAAACCUCUGUUUGAGCCUCCUCCUAGACCCGGAUGUGUUUGAGAGCAGAUUCAACCACUGGUGCCCUAUGGUUCGGGCUUACUUCAUGCGACUAUUGUGCUGGCGGCUUGGCCGACAUGAUGGCGACGAUGGCGACGCUGAUUUAGAGAUGCUGGAGACCUUGCAACAACGUCUCCAGGACACAUGGUCACAUUACCUGCACCUGCGCAACGCAGCCGAGGCCGAUCAGUCUCUACCACCCGUGACCAGCCCAUGCAAUCCGGCCCCAGGACGAAGGCUACUGAUUGUCAGAACGGACAACCAAGCCACUACUGGUGGAUCCUUCUUGACGUUCGAGGGAUUGCUCGGAGAUGCAACCAUGCAGAAGCCUGCUUGGAGACGUACCUCUGAAGCCGCGGCUCUCCUUGAUGGAGUCGACCCAAGACCUGACUCCUCUUCGUCUAAUGGACUGGACUCCGACACUGAUACGCCGAAAGGGAUUGGCGGGUUCUUUAGAAAGAUGAUCGGCUCGAAAGCUCGCUCGAAGUCAAGGGGUCCUGCCAAGGAGGCGACCAAGUCGAAGACCACGACACCUGCAGCAGAACGACCAUCACCGAUAAUACGAACCGCAACCGAUGAUCCAAGUGUAUCCAACAAAGCCUGCAAAGCAGACGACACUACAAAGCCCGCUCCCCAAUCUCAGUACCGAACCCUGACAUUCAAGUUCUCGCUCGAAUUCCACCCUGCAAACAAGCCGAUGCCGCCUAUGCGACUCUUUCCGCCCAGACUUCCUCCACCCGCUCAGCAGUACUUGCAAAGCCACUCAAACAAGCGAUACUCCAUCGAAGGAGCCAUGAAAGCUGUCGAGCCUCGUGGCGAGAGCGCAAGUCGAGCACGAUACAGCGGCAGAGCACUGGCAGAAUGGACGAUCGUCGUCGGCGAGUGCCAUAAUUUCUUCGAAAGGCGCAAAAACGAGGGCGCACCUAGUAAUAAGCAUGUUGAAACGCCAGCGCUGGGAGUUGAGGUCUUCAAGAGGCCGUCUUAA